AUGAGCUACGGCAACCGGAAACCCCACUUCGUCUUGGUUCCUCUCUUCGCCCAAGGCCACAUGAUCCCCAUGAUCGACCUGGCUCGUCUUCUCGCGCUCCAAGGGGUGGCCGUCAGCGUCAUGACCACCCCCCAAAACACCGCCCGGUUCAAGGCCGUAAUUGAUCGUGCAAACGCGGCCGGCCUGCUGAUUCGAUUUAUCGAGCUCCGGUUCCCCUGUGCCGAAGCUGGGUUGCCGGAGGGCUGCGAGUGCUACGACCACGUCCCGUCGUUGGAGCUCUACAAAAACUUCUACGAGGGGUUGAGCUUGCUGCGAGAACCAUUGUUGCUCUACCUCCGUCAGCAGUGCCCGAAGCCGAGCUGCAUCAUCUCCGACGCAAGCACCCCGUGGACAAGGGAGAUCGCUCGCGAGCUCCGCGUGCCUCGGUAUGUGUACCACGCGCCCUCCUGCUUCUUCCUCUUGUGCACUCGUAACGUGGGAAAACAUAAGCCCGGAGCCGAUGCAUUCGAACGCCUCCUCGUGCCCGACUUGCCUCACGAGGUGGAGGUGGUGAGAGGCCAAGCUUUGGGUUUGUUCGACUAUCCAGGAAUUGAGAAGCUUCGCGACGAGGUGGCGGAGGCUGAAUCCACGGCCGAUGGGUUGGUGAUGAACAGCUUUCGCGAACUGGAGACCGCCUUCAUCGAUAGCUACCAGAAGGACCUCGAGAAGAAGGUUUGGGCUAUAGGACCAGUCUGCCUCUCCAACAAGGAGACCGGCGACAAGUUCACGAGGGGGAACAAGAUGAACGUGGACGAGAACUACAUUAGGAACUGGCUCGACGCCAAGGAGACGGCGUCCGUCAUCUACGUUAGCUUCGGAAGCAUCGCGAGCCACAGCGCUUCUCAUCUGAUCGAGAUAGGCCUCGGCCUGGAGGCGUCGAAGAGGCCAUUCGUCUGGGUGAUCAGGGAUAAAGAGAUGAGGCCGGAGGUGGCCAGAUUUCUGUCCGAGGGGUUCGAAGAGAGAACGAAGGGCCUGAUACUGAGGGGGUGGGCGCCGCAGGUGCUGAUCCUGUCACACCCCUCCGUGGGAGGAUUCAUGACGCACUGCGGGUGGAACUCGACGCUGGAGGCGGUGUCGGUGGGAGUGCCGAUGUUAACUUGGGCGCACUUCUUCGACCAGUUUCUCAACGAGAAGCUGGUGGUAGAAAUUUUACGGAUCGGGGUGGCGCUCAAGGCCAACACGUCCAUCGUUUAUAUGGCCGAUGAUGCGGAAGGUCUGAUCACCCGGGAGGAUGUGGAGAAGGCGGUCACGGAGCUGCUGGAAGGAGCGGAAGCAGAAGAGAGGAGGAAGCGCGCCAAGGAGCUGGCGGCGAAGGCCAAGGAGUCAAUGGAAGGAGGUUCGUCGUGCGAAGACUUGAGGUUCAUGAUCCGACAUGCUCUGGAGCUUACAGACGAGGCUUCCGAUGCAUAG